UCGCUCGUGAUUACAAAGUUUGGGGCAGAUGAAGGUGAAGACAGUUGAGAUUGCGUGGCACCGGAGACCCGAAGCGACCCAUAAUGAUCCGGUGCUGUCGGUUGACUUUUUGAAUGAGACUGUAUUUGCAACCGGAGGAGGAGACCACGAAGUGAAGAUCUGGAAGUUGAACACCUCUGGGGAAGAACCCGUCGUUGAAUUUUGCUAUUCGCUCAGGGGCCACACACAAUCCGUCAAUGUCGUUCGAUUUUCACCCGAUCGAAAGCUGCUCGCCUCCGCGGGAGAUGACGGCUGCAUCAUCAUCUGGAAGCUUCGUCCCUCCGUCUGUCACAACUGGUGCGAGAUCACCAAAGAGAACUGUUUCGAGAAGAAGAUCAUCCGCGGCCACGCGAUGGACAUCUACGACAUCAGCUGGAGCCCCACAAGCCAAUUCCUGGUCAGCAGCGGGACGGACUCGAACAUCAUCAUCUGGGGCAUCGACGGCACGCAAUACGUGCGUCUGCACGACCACUCGGGCUACAUCCAGGGCAUCGACUGGUCGCGCGACGACGUUUCGAUCGUGAGCGUGGCGAACGACCGCACGGCGCGCGUGUACAGCUACGCGCGCGGCCGCGUGAAUCCGAGUCUGCAGACCGAGGAUUGGACCGCGCUGGCCGCCGCCGCGCUGCGCAGCGAGUUCCGCAUCAGCCGCAGCGUGGUGCAUAACAAGCCUCUGGGCUGCCGCGCCGUGCUCAAGAAACGCCUUUUCGCAGAGGGAGAAACCGACGCGGCCGAGGAAGACGCGCUGGCCGCGGUUAUUUCCACCCCCGACGCACCCAUUGUAACGCCCCCGCCACAACGGGGAAACCAAUCGGGGAAUCGGGGAAACUGUGGAAACCGGGGAAACUGUGGUAACCAAUUGGAGAACCAAGGUGGAAACCAAAUGGGGAAUCAGGGAAACAGUGGAAACCAAUUGGAGAACCAUAGUGGAAACCAGGGAAACAGUGGAAACGCGGGGGAGAAUCCGGGGGAGGAAGGGACUGUUGGGAAGAGCGGUGCCCGCGGUUAUUUUAUGUUUCUCGGGGACACGGUUCCUUCGUUUUACCGGCGUCCGCACAGCAGUUUCGACGGUCUUUUAACCGCGAUUCCUUGUGGAAGGCGGCGUCCCGCGGAACUGCACGUAUCUUUACCUGAACGGUGUUUUCGAGAAGUGGGUAUUUUUGGCAUUCCAGAAAUAGGCCCCUUUCCUGUCUGCCCGUUUUCUCGUUCCCCACGGUGGUGUGUCGCUUCUCGCCUCUGCGGUACGCGCGCGAUUCCCGCGGGGCGUCGAGUGCGGGGAGCGUGGCGGAGGUGCUGGGCUGCGAGUGGGCUCACCGGAGGGUUGCGAGGUAGGUACGCGCACGUGCUGGCGGUGACGACGACGGAGGAAGUGUUCCUGUACCGGACGGACGAGGCGGCCCCGCGGUUCUACGUGGGGAACAUCCACUACGCGCAGAUCUGCGACUUCGCGUGGAGCGCGGACGGGAGGUUCGCGAUGACGGCGUCGUCGGACGGGUACUGCACGCUGUUCCAGUUCGAGAAGGGAGAUUUGGACGGUGUGGGUAGAUGAUUGUAGAAUAG